AUGUAUCAGGACAAGCUGGCAUCCCUCAAGAGGCAGCUGCAGCAACUGCAGGAAGGUACGCUGCAGGAAUAUCAGAAGAGAAUGAAAAAACUGGACCAGCAGUACAAAGAGAGGAUACGAAAUGCAGAACUCUUCCUCCAGCUGGAGACUGAACAGGUGGAAAGAAACUACAUCAAAGAAAAGAAGGCUGCGGUGAAAGAGUUUGAAGACAAGAAGGUGGAGCUGAAAGAGAAUCUGAUUGCCGAGCUGGAGGAGAAGAAGAAGAUGAUCGAAAAUGAGAAGCUCACUAUGGAACUAACUGGAGAUUCCAUGGAAGUGAAGCCCAUCAUGACCAGAAAGUUACGGAGGCGACCCAACGACCCCGUCCCCAUCCCCGACAAGCGGAGGAAGCCAGCUCCAGCCCAGCUGAACUACCUGUUAACAGAUGAGCAGAUCAUGGAGGAUCUGAGGACAUUAAAUAAGCUGAAGUCACCCAAGAGACCAGCCUCCCCGUCCUCACCUGAACACAUGCCUGCCACGCCCGCUGAGUCCCCAGCCCAGAGAUAUGAAGCUCGGAUAGAAGACGGCAAACUGUACUACGACAAGCGAUGGUACCACAAGAGCCAAGCCAUCUACCUGGAAUCAAAGGACAACCAGAAACUCAGCUGUGUGAUCAGUUCUGUCGGGACCAAUGAGAUCUGGGUGAGGAAGACGAGCGACAGCACAAAGAUGAGGAUCUACUUGGGCCAGCUCCAUCGCGGACUCUUUGUGAUCCGCCGGCGAAACAUUUUAACUUACUGGAAAUAGCGACUCGGCUUCAGAGAAUGGAGAACACUGUUGAGGAUUCUGCAGGGCACACGCGUGGCCGGCCGCUUUCACCUCUGGCAUUCUUGCCUUGACUUACAGACUUCAGUCACCACGGGACUGGUUCAUGUUCAGGAAAAUUGGGGUUCCAGUGCAUUGUCUGUGGGCUGAUUCUUUUAUUAUGUUCUGUGUUAAACUUGUUUGUUUGUUC